AGAGCGUGUCUGACCCUGUGCUGUCUCUAUCCCUCUGUGUCACAUUGCAACCCUCAUCAUGGCCCCCAAGAAGAAGGAAGAGCCCAAGCCAGUAGCAGCACCCAAGCCCCCAGAGCCGGAACCCCCCAAGGAGCCAGAGUUUAACCCUGCUGAAGUCCAGAUUGAAUUCACUGCUGAGCAGAUUGAGGAUUUCAAGGAUGCUUUCCAGCUGUUUGACAGGACACCAACCAAUGAGAUGAAAAUCACUUUCGCCCAGUGUGGUGAUCUGAUCAGGGCUUUGGGUCAGAACCCCACUAACGUUGAAGUCAUGCAUGUCCUUGGCAAACCCAAAGCUGAAGAUAUGCAUGUGAAGAUGCUGGACUUUGACCAGUUCCUGCCCAUGCAUCAGCAUAUCUGCAAGGCCAAAGACCGCGGCACCUUUGAAGACUUUGUUGAGGGUCUGAGGGUGUUUGACAAGGAGGGCAACGGAACAGUGAUGGGUGCUGAGCUCAGACACGUCCUCGCUACCCUGGGUGAGAAGAUGAAGGAAGAUGAGGUGGAGCAGCUGAUGGCUGGGCAGGAGGACGCAAAUGGCUGUAUAAACUACGAGGCUUUUGUAAAGCACAUCAUGGCUGGUUGAACAGAUAAUCUUGAAACUUCUAUCGGGGAUACAAAAUGAUCUUAAUUUUAGUUCAACAUUGUUCUUUUCUAGCAAGAACCCAUGGAAGUUUUUCCUGCAGUGGGUUAAAUGGCACCUCCUCUGUAUUCAACCGUCUCUCAAAUGUUCCUUUUUAUAUGUGCUCAGUCUGUUAUUCCCAAAAUGACUCAUCAUCAUUCUUGUUGUUUUUGUGGAUUAAAAAAAAAAAAAAGUAUAUUAAAUGUCACGCUUGAUUUAUACAGCCUACUCUCUCUCAGAAUCCUUUUCAUGAUUCCUGGAAAACAUCACUUUUGAUGGAAUGUCUGCAUUUAGAACAUUUAUUAACAGGGAGUUAAUGAAAUGGUUAGCUUGCAUGUGUUUCACAUGUCUGUUAAUAAAAUGAUGAUGACCAGGA